AUGCCAAUAGCUAUCAACUUGACAUCUGUCGGUUCGAACAGUUCGCUUGAGUUUUCAUUCGAAGAAAUCAAUCACAAUAUUAACAUCAUUAAUCCAAUUUUAAGUGUUGUCCUUAGCUUUUGUUGUAUUAUUACCGUACUUGGUAAUGUUCUCGUUAUUUAUGCCGUUAUGCAGGAACGAUAUCUGAAAUCAGCAACUUACUAUUACAUGGCCUCAUUAGCAUGCGCCGAUUUAUUUGUUGGAUUAGUCGUCAUGCCAUUUGCUAUUAUCCAAGUGAUCUAUGGUGACUAUUGGCCAUUCGGUCAAAUCUUUUGUGAUGUAUGGCAUUCAUUUGAUGUCUGUGCUAGUACAGCAUCGAUAUUAGAUCUGUGCGUCAUCGCUUUGGAUCGAUAUUCAGCAAUAACUGAUCCUAUCUCAUAUCAUCGAGCAUUUUUCGUUAAACGUUGGCCGUAUCUACUCGUUGCCGUUUGGUUAUGUUCAAGUUUAAUAUCGUUUCCAGCUGUUGGCUAUUGGCAUCUAGUUCCUCGUCAAUACGAAGACAACCGUUGUCUAUUUCCUGAUGAUAUCUACUAUAUCUUGUUCUCUUCAUUCAUAUCAUUUUAUAUUCCAUUAUUUGUAAUGAUCUUUGUUUAUAUUCAAAUCUACCGCGCUGCUAUUCAGCAACUACAAGCGUUCAAAACCGGUGUUAAAGUCACACCAUCCAUCAAACCCAAGUUACGCAAGAGACGAAAACAAGCAGAAGUCACUCCAGCUAAUGCUCCGCCUGAUGUUUGCCUGCGUAUUCAUCGAGGAAAAUAUCAUGGUCUACCAAAUGAUGGCGAUUCAUCGGUAACCGAUAAUUCUGUGUCAUAUUGCUCAUCUAUGAACACUUCUGAAAUGAAUGCGAAUCGAAAGCAAAUUCAAGCAAAUAAAUAUCGUCAAUCAUUCGGCAAGCGUUUAUCGAAAUUCUCCAAAGAACAAAAAGCAACCAUCACACUUGCUUACGUCAUGGGCAUUUUUGUGAUAUGCUGGUUACCAUUUUUCAUCUAUAAUCCAUUAACUGCAGUAGCAAAACAGUUUCUGCGAACAAAACCAUCCCUGACUACUUUCGAACAAUUUCUCGUCGGAAAUGAUCUUGUCUUUCAAUUAUUUACCUGGCUAGGCUAUAUCAAUUCAAGUGUGAAUCCAAUCAUCUAUGCCUAUUCGUCGCGUGAAUUUCGUCGAGCUUUUGUCAAAUAUCUCUGUCAGUGUUUUCCAGCACGUAUUCGAAAUUAUCUUAUGGCGCAUCAUCAUUUGCAGCUCGUACAUUAUUCGCAAACUCGAGCCUCGUCUGCUAUCUCAGCCGAAAAUCUCGAAUCUAAUUCGGAUAAUAAUAAACAAGUAGCAAUUCAAUCAUCUCCACUAGUUUCACCGACAAUCGUCAAGAAGAACCCGGCGAAACAUUGUUUGCUUACGAAAUAUUCCUUUCCACAUACCAAUAACGAAUGCAUACCAAUGAAUGACACAACAAAAACAAACAUUCUUGUUGAUUAUUGCACCUAUCAUGAUAUCACUAUAUCAAGAGUGACAUGUCUUUGA